AUGAGCGCCGCCACUCACUCGCCCGUGGUGCAGAUGGAGGGCAGCGCCGAGCGAGAGCCGCUGCCGCCGGGAUGGGAGGUUAAGAUCGACCCGCAGACCGGCUGGCCCUUCUUUGUGGAUCACAACAGCCGCACCACCACCUGGAGCGACCCGCGGCUGCUGGCGGAGCCGUACAAGGAGGGCCAGUCAUCAGCAAAUGGUCCUUCUCCAAGGCAGCCACAAGUAAGAGAAGGAAGCAUGGGAUACCCUCAACUUCGUGCUGGCUACAUCGCUAUUCCAGUUAUGCAUGAAGGUGCUGAGAACAGACAGCAGCACCCGUAUUACUCUGUUCAUCAGCCUGGCAUGCAACGAUACAAAGCAGAAACUGUUCCCACCACAAAGCGGGCACAGUCACCUUUAAGGGGGGCCUAUGCCCACUCGGAAUCCCCUGCUAGAGGACCAGCUGAAGCUGCUCAGACAGAUAAACAAUGUGGACAGACAACAACAGCUGCAACAGCCCAAACUCCAGCCUCACAUGGGUCUGAGCAACCUCAUUCUCCUACAACUUCUGACUCACAGUCAGUUUCCCCUCAGUCAUCAGGUAGACCCAGUGCAGGAAGCCAUCAGGUCCGUCGAGGUUAUAUUCCAAUUCCUGUGAUCCAUGAGGAAAAAGGCCUCAGGCAACCAUCACAAGUAUAUCAUCAAGCACAGAAGACACACUACCCUGCCCAGCAAAGUGAUUACCAUGUCCACCAACCAGUGUAUCACAAAAUUCAAGCUGAUGAGCUGGAGCCCAAGCCAGCACGAGAGCAGUCCCCGUUCAGAAUGUCUCAGAAGGGUUCAUCAAGUCGUGAAAGUUCACCAGCCAGAGUUACCACUCAGAUACAGUCCCCAGUUCCCAUCAGAGUACAGACAGUUGUGGACAGACCCCAGGCUUCUCAGCAACAAAUCCCACCCCAAGAAACACUACGUGAAAGCAUACCUGAAAACAAGGCAAGCCCAUCAGGAACUGAGAUGCCUUCAUCUUAUAUCCCAAUUCAAGUCUUUCACAAAGAACCAGAUUCUAAACCACCACCACAGAAACCUCCACCCACUGCAGAAAAGAUUGAUGAAAAGGUUGAUAAAAAGAUUCCCUGUCCUGCUAAGAGUGCACCUCCAGAGGAGUGGCUUGCUUCUGAAGAAACUUCACCACAGAAGAUGAUGGAAGUGGAAGAGACCCAGAAGCAUCCUGGUGUCUUGAAAGUAGAAGCAAUUCUAGAGAAUGUUCAAAUGCUUGAACAGGCAGUUGAUUCUUUCAAAGGCAAGAAAAAUGACAAAAAAUACUUGAUGAUUGAAGAGUAUUUGACCAAAGAGUUGCUAGCCCUAGAUUCAGUUGACCCAGAGGGUCGUGCAGAUGUGCGCCAGGCCAGGAGAGAUGGUGUAAGGAAGGUCCAGAAUAUUUUGGAAAGACUUGAACAGAAAGCAGAAGACGUCCCAGAGGUAGUUCAAGUUUAUGGACUUCAGUCAACCUUGAUGGAGAAUAAUAAGCCACCACAGGAAAUCAUGGAGAUUGAUCCUGUGGCGGACAAAACCAGGAAAGAUACAAGUAACGAAGAUGCCAAAAAGGAAACCAAAAUGGAAACGCAUCAACCUGAAACUAAGGAAGAAGUAUUUACCAAUCUUGCCAGCACAACAAACACAGUUAAUAACCCAACUGAACCAUAG